AUGGCGGGGGCUCGGGGGCUCUGGCUGCCCUGGUUCUGCCUGCGGCUGCUGGCGAGCGCAGCCUUCAACCUGGAUGCCACCAGCACCCUGCUGAAGGACGGCGACAAGGGCAGCCUCUUCGGCUUCGCCGUGGCUCUGCACCGGCAGCUCAGCCCCGAGCCGGCCGGCUGGCUGCUGGUGGGGGCCCCCCAAGCGCCGGCGCUGCCCAGCCAAGGUGCCAACCGGACCGGAGGGCUCUUCGCCUGCCCGCUGACCCCCGAGCUCUCCGACUGCUGGCGGGUGCCGAUCGACGAAGGAGUGGACCUGCAGCGGGAGAGCAAGGAGAACCAGUGGCUGGGGGUGAGCGUGAAAAGCCAAGGUGCCGGCGGCAAGAUCGUGACCUGCGCCCACCUGUACGAGUCACGGCACCGGGUGCGUCAGCCCCUGGAGACGCGGGACGUGAUCGGGCGCUGCUUCGUGCUGAGCCAGGACCUGCGGGUGCGGGACGAGCUGGACGGGGGCGAGUGGAAGUUCUGCGAGGGGCGGCCGCAGGGCCACGACCGCUUCGGCUUCUGCCAGCAGGGCCUGGCCGCAGCCUUCAGCCCCGACCACCAUUACAUCCUCUUCGGGGCCCCCGGCACCUACAACUGGAAGGGGAACCUGCGCGUGGAGCUGCUUAACCAGAGCUCCCUCGACCUGCUGCGUUACGACGACGGGCCCUACGAAGCCGGGGGCGAGAAGGACCAGGACCCCUCGCUCAUCCCCGUGCCCGCCAACAGCUACUUCGCUCAGACCCCGACCAGCUGGUCUACAAAACCCCCGAGCCCAGCGAGAAGGUGCCCGGCGCGGCCGGCGACGUGGCCCAGAAUAGCUACUUGGGCUUUUCGGUGGACUCGGGUGCGGGGCUGACGCGGA